CAUACCGAGGAGGAGAGGCGCAGAAAGUGAUAGUCUCUACGUGCAAUUUCAAGGGUUGAGGGGGAGGAGGAGAAAUCCUGGGCACCCCUCCCUUCUCAAACAGUCUAUGCAAAAAAAUAUUUUUGAUAUAGGUAUAUAUAUAAAACUAAAGAACAGGAAUGAAUGAUCACAGACCAAUGGCAGCAGUCUACGCCUGAAGACAGAGAAAGCCAGAACCGGGUUCAGUCAACGCCUCCAGCAGGAAGAAGGAAAUCAACAACAUCCCUUGACAGUCGGCGAGAGACGCAGCCAAACUCAUGCACAUCUCUGGUGGUGCCAUGGUCUGAGAGAGUUUUCCCUCUUCCGCUCUUGGCAUUUCUCGCAUUCUUCUUUUAUUGCGUGCGGUUUUCAACUUCGCCACUGCUCGGCUGUGCUGUGGAGACCCGCUGCGAGUCCCGGAGAGAAGUUUUUAAAUGAACUGUUGAACUAUUUGCGUGUGGGAGGGUGGGUGGCAGCGCGCAGAGGCUGCAUACAACACGCCCCCCCUCCGCACACCGAAAAGGCGGCACAUCAAACUUUGCACUUCAGAGAUUUCCCCUCCGUCACCCCCAUCGCCCCAUUCCCGUCGGCUGACAGUUGCAUGGUUUUUGUUUUUUUUAAAAUCACCACCAUCACCCACUAUUUUCUUUACUUGUGUUUGGGGCGGAGGGGCCGAGUGCGUGCGUGUGGCGGGGGUUGGGGGGCUGCAACUUGGCGGGUGCCCUGUGCAAAGCUGCAGUCACCGGUAAAGCAUUGGAUCCCUCAACGUACUGCGAGAGCCCGGUCUAUAGCCCGGACCUGUGCCCCAAUAUGAUCGCCGCCCAGGCCAAGCUGGUGUACCAGCUCAACAAAUACUACACGGAGCGCUGCCAGGCCCGCAAGGCGGCCAUCGCCAAGACCAUCCGGGAGGUGUGCAAGGUGGUGUCGGACGUGCUGAAGGAGGUGGAGGUGCAGGAGCCCCGCUUCAUCAGCUCGCUGAGCGAGAUCGAUGCCCGCUACGAGGGGCUGGAGGUGAUCUCGCCCACCGAGUUCGAGGUGGUGCUCUACCUCAACCAGAUGGGCGUCUUCAACUUCGUGGACGACGGCUCCCUGCCCGGCUGCGCGGUGCUCAAGCUGAGCGACGGCCGCAAGCGCAGCAUGUCGCUCUGGGUGGAGUUCAUCACCGCCUCGGGCUACCUGUCGGCCCGCAAGAUCCGCUCCCGCUUCCAGACCCUAGUGGCCCAAGCCGUGGACAAGUGCAGCUACCGGGACGUGGUGAAGAUGAUCGCGGACACCAGCGAGGUGAAGCUCCGUAUCCGGGAGCGCUACGUGGUGCAAAUCACGCCCGCCUUCAAGUGCACCGGGAUCUGGCCGCGCAGCGCUGCGCAGUGGCCCAUGCCCCACAUCCCCUGGCCCGGCCCCAACAGGGUGGCCGAGGUGAAGGCGGAAGGCUUCAACCUGCUCUCCAAGGAGUGCUACUCGCUGACCGGCAAGCAGAGCUCCGCCGAGAGCGACGCCUGGGUGCUGCAGUUCGGCGAGGCCGAGAAUCGGUUGCUGAUGGGUGGCUGCAGGAACAAGUGCCUAUCGGUGCUGAAGACCCUCCGGGACAGGCACCUGGAGCUGCCCGGCCAGCCGCUCAACAACUACCACAUGAAGACUCUGCUGCUGUACGAGUGCGAGAAACACCCCCGGGAGACCGACUGGGACGAGGCGUGCCUGGGGGACCGGCUGAACGGGAUCCUUCUGCAGCUCAUCUCCUGCCUGCAGUGCCGGCGCUGCCCCCACUACUUCCUGCCCAACCUAGACCUCUUUCAGGGCAAACCGCACUCAGCCCUGGAAAGCGCUGCCAAACAGACCUGGAGGCUAGCCAGGGAGAUCCUCACUAAUCCCAAAAGCCUGGACAAACUAUAGGGUUAACAACACAGUGAUAAACCCAUUUACAAACUUUUAUUUAAACAAAGCAGCUACAACAAAAGAGGCAGCGAAACAAACUUCUAAAACCCCACCUGCAGUUAAGCAUUUAAAAACUCUCAGACAUUUACAAAGCCAAAACGAUCACCUCGUUGCACGAGAAGAGACUCCCCUUCCCCCUUUUUUCUUCCAAUGUGAAUUUUUUAAAAGUCACACAAAGAAGCGAUCGGACUUUCCAUCAUCCAAACAAAACGCAAGGUACAUUUUCAAAUAAACGUAUAGUCAUUCUUUUCUUAUUCUUUUUGUUUGCCUGAAUGUUGUCACCAAGUGAAAAAAAUUAUUUAACUAUAUGUAAAAAAUUCUCUUUAAAAAAAGUUUUACUGAUGUUAAAUGUAUUUCAGUGCCAAGGUCAGACUGUGCCCCAUAUUGAAUUGUUGAAAACAGUAAUAAAAAUAUUACUUUAACUUUA